CACACAUAUAUAUAUGUUAAGAAACAUGUCUGAUAUUUAUCGACGUAAGCUGCAUGCAUGGGUAUCUCUCUGUAAAAUGACGAUAUUGAUCUUACUACUGACAAUCCACUCCUCAACAGAUGCUGCAACAUUGACUGGGUCUUCCGAGUACGCUCUCUCCGGGAUUGAGUUUAUCCUGACGUGUACCGUACCGGAUGAGGCAAAUAGAGUCCAGCUGUACCGUCGUCCUGCCCUGGCUGCUAUACUAGGAAGCAUACAAGUAGCUGGCGGUCAAUGUUAUAACACUGCUACUACUACUCCCGUCCUCUGUAGCCCGGAUGUCUGCUCAUGUAAUGCCACCUCGUCUAACUAUGGUACAGUGUUCCAGUGGGUCAUACAGCCACAGACAAAAGACAAUGGAUCUGUUUGGUUUUGUCUUCGUACCAAUCCAAGUCUUCCUGAAGCUGACAGGGUGGUAAGGAGCCCUGACUACACACUUAAAGUUGCAGGUGCUUUUCACACAUCACCAGCUGCAAGCCUCUGCGUUGAAGCAGAUGAACCGUCAUUCAGUGAUAAAAGAACACAAUUAUGUCUACAGUUUGCUUACCAGUGAAAAUGAAA